UCAACAUCGUAGUCCGGAAGAAGGAAGCUCAAAUCAAAAAGGGCGCCUUGAUUAAACGUGAAUACGCUACUUUAAGCGACCUGCAUAUCACUGUGACCAUGAGUUUCUUCCGAGGUCCAUGCAGCACUAUCCAGGAGCAGAGGGACCAGUGGGAGAGAAAACGCAGCCGAACGGCCAGAGAAUUGGUGCAGACAGAACAACGCUAUUGUCAACAGCUGGAGCUGGUCACCACUUACUUUGUGGAUAUCUUGAAGAACAAAGGGACCUUAAGGGAGGACAUUAGAGAAAGCAUCUUCAGUUCAAUUAAAGCCAUUCAUUCAGUAAACCAAUCUCUGCUGGUUCAUUUGGAGAAUGGCUACUUUGGCCAAGGCUUUGAUGAGUUUUGUCCACAUCUGCAACACUACAACGUGUAUGUGGACAACAUCUAUAAUGCCAGCAAAGCACUUGGGAUCCAACUAAAGAAAAACAAGGCAUUCAGACGUUUUAAGAGACUACAGGAAACCCGACCAGAGUUCAACAACCAUACGCUUGAGGAUUUACUUCAACUUCCCAUUCAGCGGAUCAAUCAGUAUAAGCAUUUCCUUCAAAACCUGACUGCCAACACAAAUCCUGGCAACCCAGAGUUUCAGCAGCUUUCAAGAGCAGUGACUGCAGUGUGCGAGGUGUCCCAGCGUAUCCAGAACAAUACCCGAUGCCAUGAGAACUACUUGGAACUUUGCCGGGUGCAAAAACUGCUGAAAGGGCGAAAGACAAAUGUAUUGGCUGCAGGGAGGUGGUACAUCCGUGAGGGCUGGUUGAAGAAGGUUCCUGCUAAAGGGUCAGAAGCUAAGCCCAAGAUGUUCUUCCUGUUUUCUGACAUGCUGCUGGAGGCCGAACACUGUAACCCACUGCAUCCCACCAAUGGAGACAAGUUCACUGGCCAGCAUGCAUACCCACUGCAGGACUGCACUGUGGAAAAGGUGUUUGGUCACACCAGGAGCCAGGGAGGCCUGCUUAGUUUAACCUUCCCUAAAGCUAAACUCCUGCUGAUGUCCAGUAACCAGGAGGAUCUGAAUGACUGGUACCAAAGCCUGACCUCAGCUAUCAGGAGACUGCAGUCUAAACAGACAGUAGUCCUUCAAAGAGAUGAGUUACGUCGGAGACCCCUCCGCUCAGCCGCUGAGAGCUACAACACACCAAGCAGCAGCACCAGCAACAACCCCAGUAGGAAGAGAAACAUGACGAGUGUUGAGACCAGUCAGCAUGAUCAGAAGCAUCUGACUGAGUGUGAGCGCAGUGCCCCCAAGAGGAUGAAGCAGCCAGACACUCCAGAGCAGAGCAGUGCGGAGACAUCCACUUCUGGCUGUGUGAUCCUCUAAUGGAUUUGUUCUUGAGAUGUAAGAGGAUGGUCAGUUCUGCAUGGGCUGUCUGAGAGUUUCACUUCAGACUGACCUUUGUGUUUGACUCAGUUUUGCCAAACGUAACUCUCUCGCACUGUUAAAAAACUUUUUUUUUUUUUUACUUUGCUUAUUAAUAUUUCAACAUAAAGUCAAGAGCAGUUUGCUUUAGUAUAUAAGCACCUUCAGCUUCUGCUGUACUGUAUAUAGUAUAAUAUUGUCUUGAUGUGCUGCUUUAAUAACCAAAUAUUUGAUGAAUGUUGCUGCUGCUGGUCUCUAACUACUUAUAAACCAACACAAGGACAGAGCAAUGUAUUCAUGAGGUCACUCCUCAUGAAUACAUUUUAUUAGUUAUUUAUUUUUGCCCCCAGUCUAUAACUAAGUACACGGCUGCAAUAGUUUUUUUUUAUUCAGUAGGAAUUUUACAUUGCAUUUACAGGCACACUUGAAAUAAAUAUGGUUGGAUGCUAAAAUAAAGUACACGUAAAUCAGAAAGGUCAAACAGCAUAAUCGUCCUCAUACAAAAGGAAAAUAAAUCUAGUUAGAUGCCUUCACCAUGGUGCUGAUGAAGGCCUCUCAUUAAAGGAUAUUUAUCAUUAUACCUGUAGACUCGAGUUCCUUAGAUUUUUUUUUCUUUUGUAUGCAGUCAGAGAACCACUGUCUACUGAGUGUGAUUAUUAUUAUUAUUUUUUUUAUACAUUAAAAAUAUUUUUACCUUUUGUUCACUAAGCAAACACACUCAAUAAAAUUUCCCCUCGUUUUUUAAAUGGCAUAAUAUCCAGUUUAUUACAGGUGGACCUCGGUGGUUAGUCUAGGUCCCAUAACAGGAGCAUUGAUACCUCUGAUUCUGUCUGAUCACAUCUUUGAAAGAGGAGUGAUUCUGGAUUUCACCUGCCUUCAGUCUUUACUUACUGGAUGAAACAGAAAGCUUUGUGCAGCGCUGUUUGCCUCAUUUUCUUUACGAGCAGUCGCACAGUCAUGUUACAUUGAUAUCAUGUCCAAUUUACUUCUUAGAUUCAGUCUUGCAACAUUUGAGUGGUAAUUAUGAAUGAAACUCAAAUUGGUCACUCCUAAGUAAAUAAAUAGACAUUAAAUAUGAUAUAUCAUGAAGAAUAACCUUAUUAUAUUUUAGAAUCUUUUUUCCUUUUUCAUUUUAUUGUAGUGUAGUUUUACCCCCAAAAAGAAAAAAUAACCUAUAUCCACACAUCCCUUUCCAAGACUGUUUUCCCUCUGAUUCCUAUAUUUUGUCAUGUCUGCUGUCAGGACAGUUGUUUAAUGCUAAUACCCACAGCCUCAUCAUUCAAUCACUAAGUGUCAGUCAGAAAAUGAUAUUUUAACAUAAGCUGACAUUUGAAGUAACAAUGACUAUGAAAUGAAAACUACAAUAUAACUAUGAAUCAAGAAACUAUUUCACAGUGGGUUCAGUGUUAUUAAAUGUCUUACUCCAAAAUGUAUUGGUUAAUGAAACCUUUUCACUGUAUUAAUUUUUGUCAUUAGUUUUGUAAUGUCUUAAUUGUUUAUUUAGUAGUGACCACUAUAGUCUUCCUUGUUUCCUAUGAAUGCACUUUUUCAGCUCAGUGCACAUGGAUGUUUCAUGGCAGCCAAAGUCCAACAUUUAAGAACCAGGGUUUUUAUUUUUAUGUUUUUUAAUUACAGCAACAAAACAACACCAUACAGCUGCAGCACACUGUAGAUUACUGUUCAUUCAGUGUACACUCAUUACAACACUGCAAAUCCCUAUCUGGGUUUAUCCAACAAUUUUUUUUCAUGCUGCUGUCUAUCCCACGGACUGAACACAUCAGCGCUGCUGACUUGACCAAAUACUCUGCAGGUGACCUUUAUUGUCUGCUCUUCUCCAGACUUGAUCAGACAGCUUUUCUGCCUCACUCAAAUGUACACUUCUUAGAAUGUCUGAUAGGAUUGUUUUCCUGCCAGAUAUACAGUAGUUAUUAGUAGUUUUUACAUGUGAAUUUACUGUGGUGGAGUGUCUUCAUUGUGCCAUAAUAUUUUAUUACAUCAUAUCCUUUAACAGUGAGUAUAUUGUUUAAUCAUAUCCUUUAUCAACAAAUCAGUAUAUUUACUUCAUGUAUUUGACCGACACUAUUUUAUAUUAUUAUACUUAAUGUUUAUUUACAGAUCAUUUUUAACAUCCUAUUUUUACACCUUUUUUUGCUAAGACACUAUGCAAAUCGAUUACACUGGCUACAAAUCAUAAAUGGAGAUGUACACUGUAAACAAUGGUAAUUUUCCAAUAAAACUCAAAA